CGCACUGGGAGGCCGCGCCCCCGCCCCGCCCUGGGGCGGUGACGCGCUCAGGACGUCUUCCGUGUUUUCGAGAAGAGUCCUGACGCCGCGACUGUCAGCACCAUUUUGUGGUGGUUGCCGGUCGCCGAGAGCUGGGCCCUCUCCUGUUCCCGUUGCAGCUUUGUGCCCUUCAGCGAGGCGUCUCAAGCAGAACGAUGAGACACUCAAAGAGGACUUACUGUCCUGAUUGGGAUGAAAAGGAUUGGGAUUAUGGAAAAUGGAGAAGUAGCAGCUGUCAUAAACGGAGGAAGCGAUCCUAUAGCAGUGCUCGGGAGAACAAGCGCUGCAAAUACAAUCACUCUAAAACAUCUGAUAGCUAUUAUUUGGAAAGCAGAUCUAUAAAUGAGAAAGAUUAUCAUAGUCGACGCUACAUUGAUGAAUAUAGAAAUGACUACAGUCAAGGAUGUGAACCUGGAUAUCGCCAUAGAGACCAUGAGAGCAGAUACCAGAACCAUAGUAGCAAGUCCUCUGGUAGAAGUGGAAGAAGUAGUUAUAAAAGUAAACAUAGGAUUCAUCACAGUACGCCACAUCAUCGUUCACACGGGAAGAGUCACCGAAGGAAAAGAACCAGGAGUGUAGAGGAUGAUGAGGAGGGUCACCUGAUCUGUCAGAGUGGAGACGUACUAAGUGCAAGAUAUGAAAUUGUUGAUACUUUGGGUGAAGGAGCUUUUGGGAAAGUUGUGGAGUGUAUCGAUCAUAAAGCGGGAGGUAGACAUGUAGCAGUAAAAAUAGUAAAAAAUGUGGAUAGAUACUGUGAAGCUGCUCGCUCAGAAAUACAAGUUCUGGAACACUUGAACACAACAGAUCCCAACAGUACCUUCCGCUGUGUCCAGAUGUUGGAAUGGUUUGAGCAUCAUGGUCAUAUUUGCAUUGUGUUUGAAUUACUGGGGCUUAGUACUUAUGACUUCAUUAAGGAAAAUGGUUUUCUACCUUUUCGACUGGAUCAUAUCAGGAAGAUGGCAUAUCAGAUAUGCAAGUCUGUGAAUUUUUUGCACAGUAAUAAGUUGACUCACACAGACUUAAAGCCGGAAAACAUCUUAUUUGUACAGUCUGACUACACAGAAGCAUAUAAUCCCAAAAUGAAACGUGAUGAGAGAACCUUGAUAAACCCAGAUAUCAAAGUUGUAGACUUUGGAAGUGCGACGUAUGAUGAUGAACAUCACAGUACACUGGUAUCUACAAGACACUAUAGAGCACCUGAAGUCAUUUUAGCUCUUGGAUGGUCUCAGCCAUGUGAUGUCUGGAGUAUCGGAUGCAUUCUCAUUGAGUACUAUCUGGGGUUCACAGUAUUUCCAACACAUGAUAGUAAAGAGCAUUUAGCAAUGAUGGAAAGGAUUCUUGGACCUUUGCCAAAACACAUGAUACAGAAAACCAGGAAACGCAAGUAUUUCCAUCAUGAUCGCUUAGACUGGGAUGAGCACAGUUCUGCUGGCAGAUAUGUUUCGAGACGCUGUAAGCCUUUAAAGGAAUUUAUGCUUUCCCAGGAUGCUGAACACGAACUUCUUUUUGACCUCAUUCAGAAAAUGUUGGAGUAUGAUCCAGCCAAAAGAAUCACUCUCAAGGAAGCCUUAAAACACCCUUUUUUUUAUCCACUUAAAAAAACUCUAUAGACCAUAGUUGUAUA